AGCCGGCGGACUAUUGCUCUUGCCUUUAGUGCACGCGAGUCGUCGCGUCGUGUGUCAUACACAGAUUUAUGUAUAUGAUUUAUCGGGAGUGCAUAAAAAUAUUAAUAAUAAAAUAAGUGAUAUACAGUAAAAAAUACAGUGUGUGCAAGUGCCGCGUGUGUGUCAUUUCGUGUGUGCGUAAUAAUAAAUAUAUAUGUGCAACGAACAUUGCAGCCUCGUGGUCACGUGCGUCUCCUGCCUGCAAGCUGCCUAUAUGUAACAACACACACACACACACGAUUUAAUCACGGCAGAGGGUGAAGCGAGUGUGAACUGUGCAAUUAUUAUACGCGAGUGACCCCGUAGUGAAAUAUUUUCUUUCUGUCUCUCUCGAGUAAAUAAAUGUAAAGAGUGCUUUGUAUUAUUAUACAUGCAGUGGGUGCAGUUUCAAAGUGUAUAAUCGAUAUAUCGAAAAGUAUCACAUUCGCAGCUCAAAGGUUGUUUUCUCAGGCAGUUACGAGAGCUGGUGUGGUAUGUAUAGGUAAAGGAGGAGAGAGGCGAGAGUCCGUUGAUUAGCGAAAAUAUACACACACGCAGCCGGAGGCCAUUUCUUCUUCUGUGGGCACGCAAAAAACAAAUGACGACGACGACGACGAGGACGAUUGUGAGGCCGUGAGAGAGAGAGAGAUAACGAAACGAUCGACGAGAGAUAAAACGAAGCCGGCGCGAUACGAACGCGAUGCGGUCGACGGCAACGACGACUACCCUCGAGAUGAUGCUUCCGACUAAUUGGUAGAAUAAAAGAAAGAAGAAAGAAAAGGAAAAAAAGAUAGAGCUGCAAGAAUAUUUCAAAAAGUCUCACGUACGAAAAGUAGCAGAUCUGCGCUGCGCCUCUUGGAAAGUUAAUGAAUCAGUAUGUCUAUGGGCGGCAGCCUGAUGGGCUACAACGAGAACAACAACGACAUGAUGGCGAGCCAAGCUAAAGCGGCCAAGAACAAGGGCCUGAAACCGCUGCUGCCCGUGGCGACUAGCGUCAACGCUGCCGGCAUCACCAGCACCACCGCGGCCGCGUCGUCCCUCGCCAACGGCAACGCCGCCGGGGCCCGUAGCGCCCGCACCCGGGCCAAGGCUCGCGCCGACGCCUCGGCGGCCCACGCCGCCGCGCAGAGGAAGAGAAACAGCGGCGGUGGCUGCGGUCGGGGCCACGUCAACAGUCUCUGGUCCGUCUGGUACGGCAUCAUCGCCGUGGUCUUUCAGUCUUACAUAGCCUACAGAUGCACCAAGCGAUUCAUCGCUUACCUGUCACUGCCAUGGCCGGCGGACGCGCCACCGCCGAAGAUCGAGCUGUACGCCUGUCUGGCGCUAGCCGGGGCGGGUGUCCUCAUGCUGCCGAUCCUGCUCGCCGCGGCCUUCCUCAAGCUCGGCAAUCUGGCCAACGACGGCAUCAAGCUGGGCAAGCAUCUGACCACCUGCACGAGGGAUCCGCCCGCGACCCUCAUCAACGCCGGCGCCGAUAGCGGAGUAGCCAGCAGCUUGUGGAGACACGGGGGUCCGACUUCGGCUUUCAUACAUCUCUGCACGGCCAUGUGCUUCCUGCUGCCGUCCUUGCUCAUGGAGGCCCGUCUCAUACACGCUGGAUUCCUGCCAAAAGAUGCCAUAUGGCGCACCGAUCUCGACUGGGUGGUGACGCAUCGCGAGCGCCUCGUCGUGCUCAGCUUCAUGAACAUACCCGAGAACGCGAGCGUCUACGGCUAUUACAAUCCGACGACGCAGCAGUCGGCCUAUCCCGCCUACCCGGAGGACGAGUUCGGCACCGCCGAGCAGCUGAACGCCUCGACGAGCAGCAGCGAAGAGUCGUCGUUGUCGCCCACCAAGCCGUCCAGUGCCUUAUUGCCCGAGCUCGUCAGAAGGACGAGUCCGAAUGAGGACGAGUCGGACGCGAGUGGCGAUGGUUGGUCGAGCACCAGCACCACGAGGAAACCUUCGCCGCGCAUGAACGCGAGAAACGUCCAGCAGAAUCAGGGACAACAGCAGCAGCAGCAACGACACUAUCGGCCGAAAUCGAAGAAGAACUCGGCGAUAGCUCGACCCAGGACGAGCAAGAGCGGCCGUGAAUCGAGCAACAGUCGUGGUGGCGGUGGACACAAUGCCGGCAACUGGUCGGCUCAGAGCCUGCCGCUGAGCAUGAGCAGCCUCGCCGAUCUCGAUCAUCCCGAGAGCCUCAAUCAGGACAUCGACGAGAGCGAAGAUUACGGACCGAUAACGUUCGAGUACUUGAACUACGCGCUGGCCCUGGGCGUCUACUCGGUCCGCUAUCCGGCCGUCUUCUGGGCGACCAACAAGCCGCUCGGCGUCAUCUUCAGCUUCCAGCUCGUCUGCAACGCCGCCCAGAGUCUGCUCGCCUACGCGGGAAUGUCGGUACUGUACAAGGUACAAGUGGUCGGGCCGAUGAAGGCUCUGCCCCUGAUGCGUCACCGACAAGUGACGACCCUGACCAACGGCACACUGACCGGCACCGGCAGCACACUGGCCAAUCUCCUCGGCGAUCGCAUAUUCCUCCUGAAUCCCCACGUCACCCUGGGCAUAUUCAUCAUGUCGUCGCUGCUGGUGCUCUGCUCCAGCAUGGUCAUGUACCUCUACGCCUACGGACGGUUCACCAUGUUCCUGAAUCAGGAGCGCGAGCGACGCAUCAUCCUGUCGAAGGACACCCGGGCCGACGACACCGGCUGGACCUACAUCACGCAUCCGGCCGCGGUCUGUCUGUUCCUCGCCAUCUCCAUCUGCAACGCUCCGCUGCUCUACGACUACACGGUCGUCUACAGGGGCAGCCUCGACGGAGCCGUGCUGGCCUGCAUCUGCGCGACGAUACUGCACCUGGCGCUGUGGCUCGUGCUCUGGCUCGGACUGUCCGUGAAGCGCCACUGGACGUUCAAGUUGAGGAUCACGAUCGGAAGGGCGACGGUGCGAUCGACCAGGUCGAUCCGACUCGUCACGGACGUAGAUCUCAUGAACAGCAAGGACGAUUCCAGCGAAGAUGCUAGCUCGCCCAAUGCACCGUUGCUCGUUCUAGGUAAUGGCAGGACUUACACGGUUGCCGAGACGAGUCCCAAGAAAGCCAUUAUGGGAGUCAUUCAGAAGGCUGCUAUCGAUCGUAGAUCGAGAUCUCAAGGUAAUAGCAUCGACGCCCUCGACGGGGACGCUGCCGGCGACGGCGACGAGCAGAUCUACUGGCUGAGACCGAAGCUCCGACCUCUGCCCGUGCAGGCGGGUGACAAAAAACCCAAGCAAAAAGUCACUUUCAAUGAUCUACCUAGUACCUCGCGUAGCAAAGGCAAGAGCAGAGACGGGACCAUCGACGACGGGGAUUACGCGACGCUGCGCGAGCUGCCACUGGCGAGCGGCCACGACGAGGAUAACACCUCGGAGGAGAACAAACUGCUGGAGUGCGUGAGCGACGACCACGUGACCUACUACGCGAGCGGUAAUCGAGACCUGCAGCCGUCGUCGGAGGGCGAGAACAGUCCACUGGACGCGCUGCCGGAUCCACCCGCGCCGCACCAGGUCGAGGCGAUGGUCGCCCAGGAUCAUCAUCAGCCGCUGCCCCUGCCUCCGCCCACGCCGACCAAAGACACGGUGGUGCUGCACGCAAAUUCACAGCCGAGCGGACUGACACCUCGAUGUCUGCGUCGCGCCGACUCGGGCAUGCCCGCGGACGGGCCGCUGACGCCGCGCUCGGACUCGUCGCACUCGCCACCUCUGGACCCGACGACCGCGAGCAGCAACGCCAUCAGCGCCGCGAGCAGCAACAACAGCGAGACCUCGUCCAGCGGCAUACACAGCAGCGCGAGCAGUCAGCGUCGAGCCACCAGCGUCGAGGAUCUGACCAACGAGCCGCGCGAGGAGCCCCACUGGCGCAGCUGCUCGCUGCAGCGAGGCACCCAGCCGCCGACCUCCUCCAACUCGUCCAGUCCGGCCAAGAUGUCGAAUCCCGGCCGAGUGAUCGCCAAUCCGAACGCGACCUACGCGAGCAACGCGAGCAACGCGGCCUACGUGAACCAUCAGCCGAUCUACAACGGCGAGACGACGAUAGUGGCCGCCGGGGUGGUGGCGACCCCGCCACCGGUGAUACUCGAGACCGAGGCGACGGUCGUCAUCCGACGCAAGAACUCGCGGCCCAAGAUCCAGGAGCCGGGCGGCCUCAACGAGGAGCCCUUCGGCCGCUCGACCAACAUGCGCAUGACCUCGUUCACCGAGGCGACGGAUCUGCGCGCGGUGCAGUCGUCGAGCGCCACGCUGCCGCACUAUCCGACCCAGCCCACGGUCACCUAUCCGCACUGCUCGACGAUGCCGCUGCCGCACGCCAGCCACAGCUACGUCGCGACCAACGGCAUGAGCGGCAGCUGCGGCUCGGUGCAGCCCAGAAAUUCUCCUCAAAGCGCCCUGCAGCCGAUCACGCAGCAGAUCGGUCAAGCCACCGUCACCGCCCCGCUGCAGGUCGUGACGAACGGCGUGGCGGCGCACACGACCCUGCCCUCGCAUCACAACGGCAUCCGGCUGAUGCUGCACGGCGGCCCCAAUCCCUUCGUCAAGCGUUUCCCGCCCGUGCAGACCAACGGCCAGCAGCCCUGGGCCGCGGUCCUGCCGAGCGCUCAUCACUUGGGCGGCGGCCCCGCGGCUCAUCACACCUUUCCCCAGUUACCGGCCACCACCGUUACUACGGCCCAGGCCGGGAUCGCCGCCGUCCAGCAACAGCAGCAGCAGCAGCAGCUUCCACAGAUCAAUGGCAAAGGACCGCAGCCGAUGUACAACGGACAUCAGCAGCAGCAGCAGCAGCUCCAGCAGCUCCAGCAGCAACAACAAGCACAGCCGAGACAGUCGGAUCGCGACUCGGCCAACUUCUCCAUGGCCAGCAGCGGCGAUUCGGACACGUGUCUGCCGCAUUAGGACAGGUGGAGGCUGAAGAAGCGCGCGAGGGUCGUCAAGGUGCACUACUGGAGAUACGGCUGCGUUUUUGCCGAUUGACGACGACGCGUGAUCGACGAGUCGCGCGCAGAUCACGCAUCCUAAUUUUUUGAUAUAAUAUAGUAGAUCAUGUCGAUACCGAUCGCGUAUUAUUCCAAAAAAACCGUCGUUGUUGCUGUUCGUUGUUUCGUGACAAUUGUUCUACGGGGGAAGGGAGGGACGUUUUUUCGUUACACAAACACACACACACACACACACACACACACUCUCUCUCUCUUGUAUUAUUAUCCCAACGAUUUUUUGUUACCCUGUUUAAUCACUCAUUCAAGCCCACCACGCAUAAUAACGUAUAAUAGACUUGAUUGUGUUACUCUCAGUCACCGAAAAUGUGAUCAUUUUUCUUCGAGAUAUUUAAUAAGUCGAUUAUUAUAAAUUGUUGUAGCUCUAAAAAAACUUUCAGCACUUUUUGAAUUUUUAUUCAUAUUUUUAAAGAAAAAAAAUAUAUAUAUAUAAGAUAUAUUAUAAUAUACUAUGUGACGCGUAGACGAGUGUAUAUUUACCAAGGACUGUUGCGAAUAUUUAUUGUACGAGUUUAUUUUGUUCAAAGAUAACUAGAUUUAUGCAUAUCAAAUAAUUGACGGAAUGAUAUAUUAGGCUUACAUAAACGUAAACGUAUUAUUACAUAUUAUAUAUAUUAAAAACAGAUUAAAAAACUUGACGUUCAAUUGUUCUCUAUGAUAAUGCUUUACGAAGAUUAAAAAUUUUUAUAUAUUGACGAAAAAAAAAGAGAGACGAAAAAGAUUCAAAAGUCGGACUCUCGUGUCUAAAAGAAAAUUAUAGGUACUCAUGAUGUUCGUUCUUAUUAUAUUACAUUAUUAUAUACAAUAGGAAUAUUUCUGUCUGCGAUGAAACUUUUUUCUGUAAAUUAUUAUAAUAGUAUAAACUUUUUAAGAGCACGCGUUCUAAAGACUACGUCGUUCCUGAUUAAGUAAAAUAGAAAAAGGACCUUGUUCGUGCGAUAACACAAAAAUAAAACGCAAUCUCUCGCGGUCGCGAACUCUCAACAUAUCUAGCGGGAGAUUACGUUCCUCGAUCGUAAUUUGAUUAUUACGUAUCGAGGGUGAAGGACGAAGUAAAGGCCUUGAUUGAAAAAAAUUUGAUAACAAAUAUAGUAUUAUAACGAUUAUUAUUAUUGUCAUUAUCAUUAUUAAAAAGCUAUGCCAUUGUUACGAGUAAGUAAAUUUAAAAGUUAAUAAUGCGAUAUUAUCGAUAUACGAGCUGCAUUUAACUAACCGUAUAUGCUAACUAAAAGGAAAAAAUAAUAAGCAAGAGAAAGAGUUACUGGAUCGAUCACUCGCUCAUUUCCAUGUGUAUCACCGACUCUCCUUUGAUGCGGCUGUCGUGCACGUAUAGAUCAAUAGCCGAUACGCGACGAGAAAUAAAAUAAUAAAAAACGCUUCAUAGUACAUAAACAAUGCAUAAAAAAUACAUACCAUUUCAUCGUUUUUAAGAGAAAAAAACGGAAGCUUCCUUUGACGAUAAAAUUUUGUUAGUCUAUUUAAGUGUACGUUUAGAGAGAGUAAAAUAUUGUAUAAUUCUGUUGCGAUUACAGAAAAGAUAGGUGAAAAAAAUUAUUAGAUAAAGUAGCAUUUAAAUUACAGUAAUUACCUUUGCGUUUGUUACAAUGUAUUUUUCUUCUGUUCUUGACAUGCUUCGAGCAGUGCGCAAAGUAUUAGUUCGUAAAUGUAAAUAAGUGCACAUGUGAUGAAUUGCUGGGAAUAUAACGUAAUUUAUAAGAAGUAAUAUUUACAACGGUAACCGCCAGAGAUGCAGAUCGAAGUGCUAUUUUACCAGUAGUAGUGAAAAGGAAAAAAGUAAAGAAAAAAAAGUAAACAGAUCAUUAUUCUUUAUAUUCAGAAAAGCGCAUUUAAAUCCUGCUGUUCUCAGCAUAAUAUUUUCUCAGAACAAAUGUAGACGAGAUCGAGAGGGGGUGAAAAAAGCCUCUCGUAUCGUAAUCGCUAUCAUAUACAUUAAUAAUAAAGCAUGACCAUUUAAAUGAUACAUACACGUUUCACUCAUAAUCGAUUAUUACUCGUAAUAAAAAUGAAGUCCGCUUGAAUGAAAUAAAGCAAAAAAUUGAGUGUCUAGGUAUUGUAAAAAAAAAUAAUG